AUGCCUGUAACAACUCGUGCUGCAAAAUUGAGAUCACAAGCUAGUGGCGGUGUAACCCCCUCACUUGAUCAAACAAGAACAACUUCAGCAUCGUCUAUCAAAACAACUCGUAAAUGUCCAUCGAAACAAAAACAUAAAGAGGUUAAAGUACAAACAAGUAUGACUUGCGACGAAUUUGAGGUCUGUUCUAUACCACAACAACAAUCAACAUUUUUCGAUACUGAAUCUACAUCUGAAGUUACUAAACAAUUUGAUGGUGAAGAUAAUAAAUCAGAAAAGGAAGUGAAUGUAGAGCUCGAGAACGUGUUUGCUAAUCAACCAUCUAUAUCACCAUCAUUAAACAAAAAUUGUGAAUUGACAUUUUCAUCAGCAACAUCAGCUCAAUUGACAUCAACACCUGUUCCACAUUCUCCAACAGCUUCAACAAAAGAAAUUGAAGAUAAUCAUCCUACCGUAUCAUUAGAAACAUCAAGCAACGAUGAUAACUACAUUUUUCUUGGUAACUCAAAUGCUCUUAUCAACAUACCAGUAAUCAAGGGAGAUAUAACAACUGGUACAUCAACUCGUGGAGGUAAAAUGGUGUUUAUGAAUGGGUUUGGGUAUUUGUAUAUGAGUACGGCAAAGCAAAGUAUUGGUUGGCGCUGUGUACGAAGAGAUAUGAAUUGUAAAGCCGUUAUUCAUACUUCGAAAACAACAGGUGAAUUUAGCCAUUGGAAUAAAACGUUUCAUUGUCACGAACCAGAUUCAUAUGAAACACGAAAACGUAAUAUUUUGGCUAAAAUAAAAAGUCGUGUUCUCGAUGAAUAUAUUCCAAUUAAAAUUAUUAUUGAAGAAGAAUAUAGAAAGGCCAAUUUGUCAGAGGAAGAAAAAAGAGCAAUGCCUCUUCCGAUUCACAUUGAAUCGGGUCUACAUAAACUAAGAAGAAAAACAGUUCCACCAUUACCACAGGAUCAGAAGUUUAUUGUACCAUCAACUUAUCAACACACCUAUUCUAAUGGAAAUUUUCUGAUAUAUGACAAACGAAAAAAUGCUUAUGGAGGGCGUUUGAUGAUAUUCGCAUCUGAUGAACAGUUAAACGUGUUGUAUCGUUCAGAUAUAUUAUUUGCAGAUGGUACCUUUAAGGUGGCACCAAAGUUAUUCGAGCAGUUAUAUGUGAUUCAUGGCAUGCAGAACGGAGAAGCCGUACCAGUCUGUUUCAUUUUAACAUCAAAUAGACGACACGAAACCUACGAAGCAAUUUUUCGUUCUUUGAAAAGAUCUUGUUAUAACAAAGGUGUUGAUUUGAAACCAACAACAAUUGUCUGUGAUUUUGAAAGAGCGUUCAUGAAUGCUGUUGCAAAAGAAUUAACAAAUACAAGUGUUACUGGUUGUUGGUUUCAUUUUUGUCAGGCUUGCUAUCGAAACAUACAAGAAAUUGGAUUAAUGAGUCUUUAUGAAAAUGAUCCUGAAUCACGUCAUUUAUUACGGGCUUUUAUGGCAUUAGCUCUUCUACCUAUCGAGAUUAUUCCUGAAGGAUAUGAGUUGUUAAAAAAACAAAUAAAAGUAUCUCCUCAAGCUCAACAAUUAAAGAUGUUUGCUAUUUAUUUCGAAAACGAGUGGUUAAAUAAGUUCAAACCUUCAACAUGGUCCGUUAGUAACAGCACCUGGAGAACAAACAAUUUUGCUGAAGCACAAAAUCGACGCUUCUUCUCACGAGUUGUUCAACCACAUCCAAAUCUGUGGAGAUUCAUUCAGUGUUUAAAACAAGAAGAGAGCGCUAUAUCGCAUAGAAUGAUACAAACCGGUCUUGGUUUUUCAUCUACCAGACCAAAAAAGUCUACUUAUGCAGCAGCACGUAAAAGUAAACAAAUACAAAAACUGAUAAAUUUAUUUCAUUCAAAACAAAGAUCUUUAAUUGAAAUAUUGAUGUCACUUGCCUAUCUUGUUGGUGAACCGACUUGUCGAGGUAGAAAAGGAAAGAAAAAGAAAAAUAAUGUAUCAAAUUCAAAUUUAUCUCAUUCAUCAGCAAGUGAAUCACCAGCUCGUGAAUAA